AUGAAACCAGGAAACCACACCAGUGUCUCUGAAUUCCUCCUCCUGGGCCUCUCUGAGAAGCAGGAACAGCAACCUUUCCUCUUUGGCAUCUUUCUAGGCAUGUAUCUGGUCACCACGGUGGGGAAUAGUCUCAUCAUCCUGGCCAUUGGCUCUGAUCCACGCCUCCACACCCCCAGGUACUUCUUCCUAGCCAACUUCUCCCUCACUGACCUGUGUUUAUCAUCUACCACCGUCCCCAGGAUGCUGGUGAACAUCCAGGCUCACAGGCAUACCAUCCCCUAUGCUGGAUGCCUGUCUCAGAUCUAUUUCUUCCUGUGGUUUAUUGGUCUAGAUGUUUUCCUCUUGGUGGUGAUGGCAUAUGACCAGCUUGUGGCUAUAUGCUAUCCCCUUCACUAUACCUUGGUCAUGAGUCCCAGAUGCUGCAUCCUGCUUCUGGUCAUGUCCCUAGUCCUUGCUCUUGCCUCCUCUCUGACUCACACCAUUCUCCUAGCUCAGUUAUCUUUCUGUGAUGACAAUGUCCUUCCCCACUUCUUUUGUGAACUUCUCCCCUUGUUGAAGCUCUCUUGUUCCAAUGCUUAUGCCAACCACUGUGUACUGAUGUACUGGGGAGGGGCAUUAACCAUCUUGAUCCCCCUGCUAAUCACCGUUUCGUAUGUUUGCAUCGUGGCUGCCAUUGUGAGAGUCCCGUCAGCAAGUGAAAAGUGGAAGGCCUUCUCCACCUGUGGCUCCCACCUCUCAGCAGUUUGUUUGUUCUGUGUGUCUGCUAUUGGAGUAUACUUCAUUCCCUCCAACUCUAGUGCUGAUUCAGCCAGCAAGGACAAGAUUGCAGCAGUGAUGUAUGCUGUUGUGACUCCCAUGCUGAACCCAUUCAUCUAUAGCUUGAGAAAUAAAGACAUGAAGAGUGCCUUGCGGAGAUUCCCAAGCAGGAGGGCACUGCAGUCUCCAUGA